CGACAUCUCUCGAUUGAACAUCACCCCGCGCCUGCGAGCUGCGUGCGCGUCAUAGGCAACAGCAACAUUAUAUCUUGGUGUGCAGCGUCUCCUCAUUGAUGCGACAGGAGAUAUGGCGGCGAAUAUUCCAGCCAAAUUGAAGGCUGCAGACCUCACACGAUUCAUCGUCAGAGCUUCCCAGCUAGAGGCUGUCAAGCCCGUCGUAGCAUACUGGUGCGAAUAUUGGAUUGUCAACCAGAUCCUCGCAAAAGGACUACAUAAUGGCGACCCAGAAACCCUUCAGUACACGACAACAUUGAUGGACAAGCUCGAGCUGAUCAAAGCCGAGAAUGCGACCAACGAUGCGAUCGUGGAUGAUGCAGCCGGACAGGCAUAUGUGGAGCACUUUGGAUUGGAGACAUUCUUCAGAGCUGACAGGGCUGUGAAGGCGAAUGUGGUCACAAAGCAAACAGCAGAUACGUUUCAAGCUGCAGCUACCUUUCUCGAGCUCGUCAACAUAUGGGGAACGCCAGACGCAGAGACACAAUCCAAGAUCAAGUAUGCGAAAUGGAAUGCAGUCAGGAUAGUGCGGGCUAUCAGAGAAGGGAAAGACCCCAACGAAAGCAAUCCAAAACCAGAUCCUGUUCAAGAAGAGGUUCUGCCAGAGCUCGAUCCGAAUGAUCCAGAAGUUCAGCAACUCGAAGGCCCUUCGAAACCACAACCAGCAUCUGUGGAGGAUGUGCCAGACGAGCAGGACAAAGUCGAAGCACGAAUUGCGAGGCAGUCCUCGAUUGAUCAGUCGCUACAUCCAUCUGCAGAGGUGUCAGCUCGAGGGUCUCCUGGUAACUUCGAACCAUAUCCUCGAGACGGAUUUCCAUACACAGCUGUCCAGGACGACAAUGUAUCCCCACUGGAACCUUCACCGAAUGAGAGAACUGGAUCUGUUGGAGGUGGAUAUUUCCCCGAAGUGCCCACAUUUACCUCGCAGAACCAGGAACCUACAUUGCCGACAGCGCCUCCUGACGUCUUAAAUCUCCCCCAGCAACCAUCAGCUCCCCCAGGGUUUAGAGCGCCUGAAGACUUUGAAUCCUUUCCACCUCCUACACUUCCAGAUGAUCCGCCGAUGCCACCUCAAGACUUCUACCGACAGUCGCCACCUGCUCAGCAGCCACAUGUACCCCCACCACAAGUCACAGCGUAUACCCCUCCUGUUCAACAGUCGCCAUACCAACCUCCUCACCAGCAGCCUCCUCCACAAUUUCAGCCUCCACCGCAACAAUAUCAACCGCCCCCACAACAGUAUCAGCCUCCUCCGCAGCGCCAUAUACCUGCCCCUGCACCAGCUCAAGCUCCUGCACCUAUUCGCAAAGACCAACUAAUCACAGAUGAUAUGUCUAUAGCGAAGGCUCAGAAGCAUGCGAGGUGGGCCAUAUCAGCUUUGAAUUUUGAAGACGCCGAGACGGCAGUCAAAGAACUAAGGGCAGCGUUGCAGACUCUAGGAGCUUCAUAGGUGAUAUGAGUGUACUUAUAUUUGUAACUACAAGAUGCGAAUACCCUCGAGUGUACACUGCUUCUGCCCGUACCUCGUCACUAAUGCAAUUUGCCUUUGUAUUCUGUGUGUUUAUGUGUCACUGUCAAGUUAGAGGAAGGAUUGAAAAGAUGGUCGCAUCAGCCAGUUCAUCAUAAUUCACCAUAUUUUUGUUUCGGUAU